AUGCUCAACGAAGCGGCCGCCGCCGCGCUUGGCUGCCCCGUCGAGGGCAACCCCGACCUCUACGGCCUCGGCAUCAGGGUCGGCAUCUACCUCCAGAUGCUCACCGUCCAGCUGUCCGGCCUUCUCUCCACCGCCUUCCGGCUGGAAGACCACAUCGGUCAGGGAACCAUCGUCUUCGUGCUCGCCGCCGUCGUCGUCCUCGUUCGCCUGCUCAGCAUGACCAUCAACCCCGGCCCCGACGGGAGCGGGGCCGGCAAAGGUAUCGAACCCGUCGAGGUCUUUCCGGUCCUCACCCUGCUCCUCAUCCAGGUCGGCGUCUGCCGCGUCUCGUCCGAGAACAAGACGACGAUGCUGAUCUGGAUGGCCGAGCUCGUCGGUCUCGCCGCUCUCUUCCUCUGGUUCUGGUGGCGUGGCAUGGAUCUUCUGCCCCGAUCCUGCCCCGACGACAAGGCCUUCUUUUUCGCCCAGGUCAGCAUAUACAACUGGUUCCGGACCUUUAACAAAGUCUCGUCCGUCGUGACCGCCGUCGCCGUCGCCAUUGCCGUCGUGUCGGCCUCCGCAUCCGUCCUCUACCAUUGCGUCGUCGCUGCCGUUCGGCAUCUCCGCAACAAACGUGACGACGAUGAAGGCGCCGCAGAAAACGUCGAUGCAGAAACGAGACGAUACAAGCCCGUCGUCGGCGCUUUCGAUCUGGUCGCCAACGUCGGCGCCAUCGUUUUCGUUGAGAUGUCGCUCAAGUGGAACAACAUCUCGGGCGUGCACUCGCUCAACAGUCCAGGCCAAUUCAUGCCCUUCUUCGUCGCCCUCGGUCAGUUGCUGACCGUCUUCUACUCGGCCAUCAAGCACGGCCUUCGGGCCUAUGCCGAAGAGCGUAUCGUCGUGGAGCAUGGUGAGAAAUCCGGUCGAUGA